AUGACCUCUGUGCUGCCCAAGUCAUGGUUAGCACCCAGAACAAACGAAGCUACUCGCCCUCCCGAGUCGUCGAAGCCAGCCACACUGCCAGUACCGAGCUAUGACGACCCGGCCAAGGUGUCGCCGAACAGCGCCUGGCUCGGCGCCGAGCGAGCCGUCACCGCCGCGCUCUCCACCCCGCACGACGCAGUCCUCGCAGAGCUGCAGGGCCGCACGCCCAAGGUCGGCUCGAGCCAGCUCUCAGGCCCCGCGGUGAUGAGUUCCGCCUCGCCCGAGCGCGCGCAGGACGCGGGCGCGAGCCCCACGCAGACGUCGCCGCUCACCGAGGCAUCGCCCGAGCCCGUGUACGACCCCUUCUCAGGCGGGCUCGCCUACGUCCUCCCGCCGCGCACCCCGCCAGACGGCGACGCGGGUGAGUUUGGGCAGUCCACGGACGAGCUCUGGGCGCAGCUCAGCCGCAUUCGCGAGCUCCAGAGCGAGAUCGCCGGCAUGCACGUCCAGAUGGAGGGCAUGGGCGCCGCCGACGGCAGGGUGCUCAGGAAGGCACACGCACGCACCCCGACGGACAACGUCCACAGCGGGGAAUGGCCCGACCCUGCCGAGGAAGAGGAGGACAGGAAGCGCGAGCGGGACACCCAGUUCGCGAACCUCACGCAGGCGUUCGAGGGCAGACACGCUUCGAUCGACAACAUUAUGAACAAGGUAGGGGCUCUCAUCGUCGAUGCCGAUUUUAGGCUCAAUCACCCGUACUUCAGCUGGACGACUUAUCGAAGGCCCUAA